UUUCGCUCCGCUGCUAUAUAUAAUGAAAAACGUCGCUUUGUGCCUGCUGCUGGUGGCCGCCGUGUGCGCUUGUUACGCCCAAGCCGCCGAUCCGAUAAGAUGUCCGGCCGGCUCGCAUUACUCGAGAUGCGGCACCAUCUGUCCGCGAACGUGCCGCAAUCCGACCGGACCGACCUGCCAAGCGAUCUCCUGCCCCGACAAGCCGACCUGUUACUGCAACAAUGGCUACGUGAAAAAUAACCAAGGCAGAUGCGUCAGACCGUCUCAGUGUCCUCGUUGACGACGAUCAUCUCUGCAGGAACACGACGUCACGGAGCUUUCAACGUUAUCAUUAUUAUUAUUAUUAUUAUUAUUAUCAUUGUACGUGACGAGAUAUGGAACUUUCGCUCGAAAUUGUUUAAAAUACAAUAAUAUAUAAACGAGUGAAG